CUGGAAAUCAAAAAGUCUAUGAUUGCGAACAGAAUUGCUCCAGAGUUUUUGGAGCGGGCGAAGGAACUGAAAAAGCACUAUCAGGUGAAGGAGGAGAUAGCGAAAGCAAAACGUACACUAUCGUUAGAUUCACUCGAAAGAAGAAUUGCUGGACAAAGGCAUAUAGCUGAGGGUAACCAAGCGGAUAACAUCAUCAACACGCAGGUAAGACUUUCUACUUUCUUUAAUUUUGAGGUUUUGAUUGCAAUAAUGGGGUAA